UGCUUGGUUAGGGUGUUUUGGUUGGGCCGAAAUAUUUCUCCGUGACCUCAGGCUUUCUUUUUCUACGAACCUCCAAAAAAACAACUUUCUCAUUUAUUCACACCAGAGUCACCUUCAUCUUUUGACAUACUCCUUAAGUUGGUGGCUUAUUGUUUUGGAGUGAUCUGUGAACAGAUAAUUGCUCAGAGUUUUGUUGUUUGCCCAUCAUGAGAGAAGUUAUCAGUUUGAACGUUGGCCAAGCUGGCUGUCAGAUGGCAAAUUCUUGCUGGGAGUUGUAUUGUCUUGAACAUGGCAUUCAGGCGGAUGGAUAUCUGAAUGAAGAACGGAAAGCUGGUGAUCGUGAUCACGGCUUCGAGACUUUCUUCUCUGAAACAGGACAGGGUAAAUACGUCCCGCGAACAAUCUACUGCGACCUCGAACCAAAUGUCGUCGACGAAGUCCGCACUGGGCCCUACCGUAGUCUUUUCCACCCGGAGCAGAUGAUCACUGGAAAGGAAGAUGCCUCGAACAACUAUGCUCGUGGCCAUUACACCGUUGGAAAAGAGAUGAUAGACCAGGUCAUGGACAAAGUGAGACGCGUUGCCGAUAACUGCAGUGGUUUACAAGGCUUUCUGGUCUUCCAUUCCUUCGGUGGUGGAACUGGAUCCGGAUUCGGCGCCCUCUUGAUGGAAAGAUUGGCUGUGGACUACGGAAAGAAGACUAAACUUGAAUUCUGUGUCUAUCCCGCUCCCCAAAAUGCCACCGCCAUCGUCGAGCCCUACAACUCUAUUCUUACCACCCACACGACCUUGGAAAAUUCCGACUGCAGUUUUAUGGUUGACAAUGAUGCCAUUUACGAUAUUUGCCGCCGGAGUUUGGGUAUCGAACGUCCAAGCUAUGAGAAUUUGAACCGUUUGAUUGCACAAGUGGUGUCUUCGGUUACUGCGUCCCUCCGUUUUGACGGCUCAUUGAACGUUGACCUGGCCGAAUUCCAAACCAACCUCGUGCCAUAUCCUCGUAUCCACUUCCCUCUGGUUUCAUACGCACCAGUUGUUUCCGCGGCUAAGGCAGCGCACGAAGCCAACUCGGUUCAGGAGAUUACCAUGGCCUGCUUUGAACCCAGCAGUCAAAUGGUCAAAUGUGAUCCCCGUAGCGGUAAGUACAUGGCCACAUGUCUGCUUUAUCGUGGUGAUGUGGUUCCCAAAGAUGUGCAUGCAUCCGUGGCCACUUUGAAGACCAAGCGCACUAUCCAAUUUGUCGACUGGUGCCCAACUGGCUUCAAGAUCGGUAUCUGCUACGAGCCACCACAAAGAGUUCCCAAUGGAGAUCUUGCCAAGGUUGAUCGUGCAGUCUGCAUGUUGUCAAACACUACCGCCAUCGGCGAAGCAUGGUCCGCCCUGUCCCACAAAUUCGAUCUUAUGUUCUCCAAGCGUGCCUUUGUCCACUGGUAUGUGGGCGAAGGUAUGGAGGAAGGUGAAUUCUCCGAAGCUCGUGAGGAUCUUGCUGCUCUUGAGCGCGACUAUGACGAAGUUGCAAGGGAUUCUGUGGAGGAUGAGCCUGAAGAGGAAUACUAA